AUGGCUCAUGAACAUGGACACAGUAAAAUGGAACUUCCAGAUUGUAAACAAUGGAAGAUAGAGGGGACACCAUUAGAAACUGUCAAGAAGAAGUUGGCUGCACGAGGGCUAAGGGAUCCAUGGGGCCGUGAGGAAGCUUGGAGAUAUGUGAGUGGCUUUGCAAACAAUGGUUCCUUUAUUGGUGCAUUAUUACAAGGAUUCAAAUGGCGAUUUGCUGCAUUUGUGGGAGCUGUGGGAGCUGAAUAUUAUCUGGAGUCCCUGAAUAAAGAUAAACAUCACUGA